CGCGAGGAGGAGGAGGAGGAGGAGGAGGAAGAGGAGGAGGAGGACGAAGGGCCGGCGGCCGGCUCCGAGCUAUCCGAGCUGUCCGACGCCGAACCCCUCUCGGAGCCCGAGGGGGCGGGUGGCGCGCUCAGGGCCCCCCCGGUGGCAGCGGGGAUCAAGCGGGGGGCGGCGUGCUGCUCGUCGGACAGCGAGAUCAACAUCACCAGCGAGGAGGAGGAAGGCGAGGAGGAGGAGGAAGGCGGCGAGCGGGCCGCUUGGGUGCCGGGCACCGCCUGCUACAUCUGCGGCAGCUCUUUGGCGCCCGGCGGGCAGCACCGCGUCCACGUGCAGAAGCAGGAGAAGAGCUCGCCGGCUCCUUUUUUCCCAUUCCUUUGGCUGCACAGCCCCCCGCCGGGCGCCCAGCCCCUCUCUCCCGCCGGCAGCACCCUCGUGUGCCCCUGCUGCUUCUCCUCGCUCAUGCAGCAGUGGCAGAGCUUCGAGCUGGCCAACGUGCCCGUGCUGCAGCGGCUCUACGUGGUGCCCCUCAACGCCAACGCCAUGCCCAAGGGCCGCCCAAGGGGACUCAAAGAGGAUGGAGCCGGUGUCCCCCCGGUGCCCGAGGCGUGUUAUCUGUGUGGGGAGGAGUGUGGCAAAGAGGCGAGGCCGGUGGCGGCCAAAAUCACCAACGGGAACGCCAAGAGCACCAUGCACUUCCCCUUCCUCAGCCUCCUGCCGUGCCCGCCUGGAGCCAAGGGGCUGAACAAGCACUGGGAGGUGAGCAGCUGCCGCAAGUGCUAUGGGGUCCUGCAGGACCUGUGGGCCAUGUACCGUGCAUGCCACAACGAGGAGCUCAUCAGCUCGGUGCAGAGCUUCCUGGGGAGGUACCACCAGGUGUUCUCUGCCUCAGAGCCAGGUCACCCCAUCGGCAAACCAGGGGGUCCCACCUCGGUGUGCUACAUCUGCGGGGCCGAGCUGGGAGCCGGCAGGGAGUUCCAGCUCAACGUCAACCCGCCGGGGAGAUUUGGAGAGAAGGAACCGUUCUUUCCCUUCCUCACCGUCUACCCGCCAGCCCCACGGGCACGGCCAGCCGACUCGACAGGGCUGGUAGCCACGUGUGUGCUGUGCUACCACGACCUGCUGGGCCAGUGGCUGCAGCACGAGGGCAGGAACUCCCAGCACCCCAGCAGCGCCUGGUCCCGCCAGUAUAAAGUGGAGACCUUCGUCUGCUUCUUCUGCCGCCAGGAGAAGAAGCGAUGCCUUGGAUUAAAAGCGGUGCAGGUCGCCAGGCUGCCUGUCUUCCUCUACACCCUCCGCGUGGCCAACAGCCUGCUGGUGGAUGAUGGCAAGCAGCUGACCAUCGGCGCGUGUGCAGAGUGCGGGGCCGUGGUCCUGGCUGGCAAAAGCGUGGCCCCCCCGGAGCUGCUGGCCGUGCCACCCCCGGCUAUCGUCCCCAAGGUGUCAUCGUCUACCCUCGAGACGCACGCUGCAAAGCAAGGCACUGAGCCCCGGCACCGGGUGCUGAGCACCAGGGAGAACCCAGGGACGGACAUCGGCCCUGAGCGCAACCAGCGGACGGCUUUGGAUGCAGAGGGAACGGACGCUGGAGCCACAAGCAUGAGCCAUGAGUCGAAGUCGCCUUCCUUAGGAAUGCUCUCCACCGCCACUCGCACCACCGCCACCGUCAGCCCCCUGACCCCCUCCCCUCUCAACGGCUCCAUCGUCCCCAAUGGCAGCCCGGCGGCCAGCAGCACUCUGUCCGUCCAGGCAGCGCCGUCCUCCAGCUUUGCAGCCGCCCUGCGCAAGCUCGCCAAGCAAGCUGAGGAACCCAGAGGCUCCUCGAUAAGCAGCGAGUCGUCGCCCGUCUCCUCACCAGCCACCAACCACAGCUCACCUGCCAGCACGCCCAAACGUGGCCCCAUGGGCCCCAUCAUUGUGCCCCCUGGGGGGCACAGCGUGCCCAGCACACCGCCUGUCGUCACCAUCGCCCCCACCAAGACGGUCAACGGGGUGUGGAGGAGCGAGGGCAGGCAGCAAGAAGCAGGGUCACGAGGCAGCAGCAGCAGCAGCCGUGAGCGGCUCAUCUCUGAGCCCCCUCUGACACAGGAGAAAGCAGGGGGUCCCACAGUCCCAACGCAUCUCCUGGGCACUCCAUACUCCUUUGGGCUGCCCCCCAGCUCUGUGGUCCAGGACUCCCGCUUCCCACCUCUCAACCUGCAGCGUCCCGUGCACCACGUGGUGCCACCCAGUGCUGUCACCGAGGAUUACCUGCGCAGCUUUCGGCCCUACCACACAGCUGAGGACCUCCGCAUGUCCUCACUGCCACCUCUUGGCUUGGACCCAGCUGCGGCUGCUGCAUAUUACCACCCCAGCUACCUGACACACCACCCCUUCCCUCACCCUGCCUUCAGGAUGGACGACUCCUACUGCCUCUCAGCACUGCGGUCCCCCUUCUACCCAUUGCCGGCCCCAGGCUCGCUGCCCCCCCUGCACCCCUCUGCCAUGCACCUGCACCUGUCAGGUGUGAGGUACCCUGCUGAGCUCUCGCACUCCUCACUCUCCGCACUGCAAUCGGAGCGCAUCUCCAGCCUGGCUGCUGAGAGGUUGCAAAUAGAUGAGGAGCUGCGGCAGAGGGAAAGGGAACGCGAGAGGGAACGGGAGAAGGAGCGGGAGAGGGAAGCAGACCGGGAGAGGGAGAAGGAGCGAGAACGGGAGCGUGAGAAGGAGCUGGAGAGGGAGCGUGAGAAGGAACGCGAGCGGGAGCUGGAGAGGCAGCGGGAGCGUGCCCGGGAGAAGGAGCUGAGCAUGGUGAAAGCCAUGGAGAGCCCCUUCCUGCCUGUGGCUGAGCUGCAUGCCCUGCGGGGGCACCCGGCUGAGGAGCGCGGCAAGCUGCCGGAGCCCGGCAGAGCAGAGAAACUGAAGGAUUCAGUGCUGCCCACGCCGAAGCCCCUCCAGCACCCGCUGCACCCACCACCCACCUCACACCACCCCGUGCCCAGCCUCAUCCCCAACCACAACGUCUUCCCCCUGCCCGGCAGCAGCGCGGCCACGGCGUUGCUCAUCCACCGCACCAACGAGGAGGAGAAAUGGCUGGCCCGGCAGCGCCGCCUGCGCCAGGAGAAGGAGGACCGCCAGUCCCAGGUGUCAGAAUUCCGCCAGCAGGUGCUGGAGCAGCACCUCGACAUGGGGCGCACCCCGAGCCAGCCUGAGCCCGAGCACCGGCCUGACAACCCCAGGUCAGGACCAAGCCGCCACGAGCCGAGCAUCCGUGAGCCAGGGCAGCACUUUGGUGGUCCGCCGCCACUCAUCUCCCCCAAGCCCCAGCACCACCCCAUCACCACGUCCCUCUGGAACCCUGUCUCCCUGAUGGAGAGCCCCUCAGAGCCCCCCCGGCGCCUCCCUGAGCCUCACGUCCUCCACGGCCACCCGGCCCCCUUUGAGCCCAGCCGGCAGGGCAUCCCACUGGUGAAGGUUGAGAGAGUCUUCUGCCCCGAGAAGCUGGAAGACAGUGCAAGGAAAAGGGAUGCUCUGGAGAAAUACCCCCUGCCACGAGAGCCCAGCACUGCGGAGCACACAGGCUUCACCCACACACCAUUCCUAGCCGAGCUGGAGAAAUCCACGCAAAGCAUCCUGAGCCAGCAGAGACCCCCAGCCACCCCUUUUGGGGAGGUGACCAAGCCCAGCUCGCCCUACAGACCCCCCCAGCCCCGUGCACAGGACCCCAUGUACAUCUAUGAUGAGUUUGUGCAGCAGCACCGCAGGCUGGUCAGCAAGCUGGACCUGGAGGAGCGCCGGCGACGGGAGGCCAGGGAGAAAGGUUACUACUAUGACCUGGAUGACUCCUGUGAUGACAGUGAUGAGGAGGAGGUGCGGGCACAUCUCCGGUGCGUGGCUGAACAGCCCCCGCUGAAGCUGGACACAUCCUCUGAGAAGCUGGAGUUCCUGCAGCUCUUCGGCCUCACCACGCAGCAGCAGAAGGAGGAAUUACUGAGCCAGAAGCGGCGCAAGCGCCGGCGGAUGCUGCGGGAGCGCAGCCCCUCACCACCCACGGUGCAGAACAAGCGCCGCACGCCCUCCCCACGCCUCCCCCUCUCCACCCGCUACAGCCCCGACGAGAUGAACAACAGCCCCAACUUCGAGGAGAAGAAACGCUUCCUCACCAUCUUCAACCUCACGCACAUCAGCGCUGAAAAGAGGAAAGCUUCCCAUGCGGCAGACAAGGAGAAGCUGGUGGAGAUGCUGCAGGCCAUGAAGCAGAAGCCCACGCCGGCUGCUGUGGUGGUGAAGAGCUCUCCACGGGACAGCCCCAGCGGACCUGCUGCCGAGCCACCUCUGCUGCUGGACUCGGAUAAGCCUGUUGGCAUCAUUGCCUCAGUGCCCGAGGUGCAGAAGCCAUCAGAGCCGGGCAGAGUGGAGCCUUUGAGAACUGCAGAGCUGCCCAGGGUGAAGGAGCCAGCUGAGAAGCCUCGGCUGAGCGAUGGGCACUCGGGGAAGAAGGCACUGAGCAUCCUCAGCUACGUCAGGGGCCCUCUGCCCAAGGACAUCCCUGUGCCACUGUCCCACAGCAUGAAUGGUAAAAGCAAGCCUUGGGAGCCCUUCAUUGCUGAGGAGUUUGCCCACCAGUUCCACGAGUCCGUGCUGCAGUCUACGCAGAAGGCGUUGCAAAAGCACAAAGGGGGGACAGCGGAGCAGAACCACAAGCUGGAUGCCUCCAUCCACUACAACAUCCCUGAGCUUCAGGCCUCCAGCCGCCCGCCUGCCCCACACAACGGCACGGCUGAGGGGCACCGGGCGCUCGCCCCACCGCUGCCACGGGACCGCCGUGACUCAGCCUCUGAGGAUGAGGAGGAGGAAGAUGAGGAGGAGGAGGAUGAGGAGGAGUGCCCCAGGCCCAAGUGGCAAGGGAUCGAGGCAAUUUUUGAAGCUUACCAGGAACACAUAGAAGAACAAAACCUGGAGCGCCAAGUGCUGCAGACACAGUGCCGGCGGCUGGAGGCCCAGCACUACAGCCUGAGCCUGACGGCAGAGCAGCUUUCGCACAGCAUGGCGGAAUUAAGGACCCAGAAGCAGAAGAUUGUCUCAGAGCGAGAGCGACUGCAAGCAGAGCUGGAUCACCUGCGGAAGUGCCUUGCCUUGCCUGCAAUGCAGUGGUCUAGGGGUUAUUUCAAGGGGUAUCCCAGGUGACCCUUCUUGGGCUAGGCCGAACAUAUAGUCUAGAAAUAAUAAUCUAUUUUAUUACCUUGAAUAUUUAAUAUUUUUCACUGGGAGGUUUGAAGCUAAAAAAAAAAAAAAAAAA